GACGCACGGAGAAGAGGGCAUAUAGGGACGGGCACGCCAUGGACUUCAUAAAUUAAGGAGCUUGGGCGCCUGACCUGAUGGUUUAGGUGCCUCCUUAUGAAUGCUCAAUCGUGGAUAGAAAGACAAAGGAUGAGGGAGCCAUAGUCGAUGCAAGAGCAGGGGGGCAAGGUUUGUUCACGAAAACACUCAAGAGAGCGCCUAGAGGUGACCUGAACAGUUAAGGCGACCAGGCUCCUGUCGAGCGGUCGAGGGCGCACGAAUAAUCUGGCAGUCGAUUAAACGCCUUGGACAGCGGAAUUACAUAUAUAGUUAGACGCUCAUUGCAUGCCAUGAGCGCCUAACUGGGGGACAAUUGUUGGGUGUGUGCAUAGAUGAGCCAUUGGGGGAUAUGGGCCCAUCGAGGCUGCUUAGGCCCAAGCCCGCUUCAGUGCAGGGAGAUGGGGAUGAAAGGUAGGAGUAAGGCCCAUUCGAGGAUCCACAGGCGCAUAACGACAAGAAUGGAGCGGGGACCAUACAAAUCAGAGACCAGAAGGCUGAGGGCAUGCCACCUGGCUAUGUGGUCCCUGCAGGCGUCAGGGGCUGGGAGCCCAGGAGCUGCCACGUGGAGGCGCCCGACCGUUGGGCCGUACCGAGCAUUUAAUGAUGCGCUGACGUGGAGCUGAAUUCUAGGAGCCUCGUCGGGGCCUCGACGAGUAUAAAUAGUACUCGGUAGGUAGCAUUUAAGCAGGUUGGCUUCUCUCACUAAAAUCUCUCAGAGCACUUAUCUCUCUAAAUUCGGCACUGACUUGAGCGUUGGAGUGCUAACGGGCGUCCCAAAGCCCUUUAGGCGCCUGUCUCUGCAGGAUCUAGGCGCCCCGGGAGAAGUUCAUCAGUCGGAGGUCCGGAGAGGUGGGCCCGGAGGGUACUUGGCACAAACAAGUAUAAUUUAUUUUUCCAUACCCAAUUUAUCCUUAUUAACCACGAUGAUUACUCCGUAACCGCUCCCCUACAAAUACCUAUAAAGCAAUGUCUAAAAACUCACUUUGCCACAUCAACCACUGCUGGCUAUACUAUAAAUUUCGAAGGGGUUAAUAUGUUCAUUCCCCCCUCCUCUGUUCGCACCUAACUUCUAGUUUCAAUUUUUUAUUUCCCCUUUUUCCCCGGAUUUGUCUAACUAAACUACUAAUAUUUAGCUCUUUUCCUUUCCUUUUUUAAUUCCACUAGCCCACGUCACCACUAAAAAGAAGUCUUAAUAUUUUUUUGGACCAUCAACAAGUUUUGAAGCAAAAUUUUAGUAUUUUUUUCCUUUUGUCAUACAGGUUAUUUUACGUUUACGUGGUUGGGCUUUAACUUUAGUCCAUGAAAUUGUUUUGUUUAUUAUAAUAAUUAAUAGCUAUAUCAUAAUACAAUAAUACUUACUACAAGAUCAACAAUAAAAAGUGGCUAUAUACAAAAAUAUCAAAAUGACACUUAACCAAUAUAAGACGGUUUUAUAUAGCAUAAAUGUCGGGAUAUAGAAUCAUAACAUAUUCAGGAUAGCAACUCAGAAACAUUAAUAAAUCGUUCGGUUCAAAUAUAAAUCAAAGAUGUUAUAAAAUUGGAAUUUAGACAAUGACUUUAUAAAUAGAUAUUCAUAAUGCUUGAGCCUAAUUCAAUUAGCAUAAUAAAACUUCUUGUAUUAUGAUGUAUGUUCAAGUCAACCCUUGAUGGAAAUUCAGUUCAAAAAUUGAGUAUGGUAGUCUAGAGUUAAUUAUUGAGUAAGAGAAUAAUGUUAAAGCAUGUUGACUUAGAACGCUCAAUUAAUUUAUAAGCGAUGAAUUGACGAAUCUCAAUCGAAGUCCCACUUGGCUAUCAUUUAUUUUCUCAUGAACUUCAACUGUUAAGUAAUAUCAUUUUAUUUUUUUCAUAAACGCCCCACCCCACCUAGUUUAAUAUGAGAACUUUCUUCUUGCAUUAAGAUGGAAUUUAAUUUUCUUUCUUUGAAAUUGAAUUCCCUAUUUAAUUUUGACUUUUUAUAUUUUCCAAUUUCCACUAAAUUGUUGAAUUGUAAAGAAUAUAAAUUAUUUUUCAAAGAAAAUAUCAAUUUAAAAAAAUGAAAACCAUCCGGCCAAUCGGCCGGGCCACAAUCUAGUGUCUAUUAAAUGACAAAAAAAUUAUUUAUACCCUUAGGAAUUAGGUUCCUUGUACAAAACUUCGAAUCAAAAUUUGGUGUAUUGAAGAAUUAUUUUGGGUUGAUUAACUUUAAGCCUUCGGGAAUAGAUUUGUAAUGGUUAUGUUACUAUGCUUAGUCAUAUAAGUAGUGAGUUGUAUGGAUAAGAGAAUGAAAAAAUGUGAAAGUUGAAUGUAAAUCAAUCACGAGGUUCGAGUCUAAAACAUUAGAAUUGAAAAAAAUAGAGGGAUGGUGUGAGUUUUUUUUAUUCUCACUCCGAAUCUCCGACCUUGUGUGUAGGCAAACCAAACAUGAGUUUUUGAACUGAAUAAUUCAUACUAGUUUGGUACCCGGUCCGUUGGCCGGGUAAAUUUUGUUUGAAAUAUGUACUUUGGUAAUUUUUUCCUCCUAAGGUGUCUAUUUUGUUCAGUCUGUCAUUGUCCUCUCUCAUUUCAAAUCGUGUAUACCUUUGAGUCCGACCAGUUGGCCGCUAAAUGAUUUUUUUUAAGAUAAAUUAGUUUGUACUGC